CUAUGUACUUGGUAUCCUCCAGAGAGAGAGUAGGAUCUAACGCAGAGUUAUAGAUAGGGCCCUGUUGGUUCCAAGUUCGAAAUUUAGGGUUUAGGGAUUAGGACUUUGUGGUUUGGGAUAUUUGGGAUUCUCUUUGGGACUUGGGACUUGGGUCCUGGUUCAGUACGUCGUGAACCUCAAAGUGGCGAGGGGUGCGACUUGGGUCCUGGCCUUCUGUUUCGAAGUCUAAAGUUUCUGGACUCGAGUUCCAAUACUCGAAGACUCGAAGGGCAAAAACAUUCCGUCAAGCCUCGAGGGGAAUCGAGACCUCCAUACAUAUAUAUACCAAGUAAUAAAAAAUACUUUCUCUUGCUGUGAAAGAGUAUUUUUAUAAAAAGUAUUUAUUCAAAGUGACAAAGUGGGCGCACGGAGAAGAAUCGAGGGCUGUUGCGGUCAGAUAUAAAUUAAGUCAAUACACAUUGUUCUCCACACACAAGUGCAUCUUUUAGAAACUUAGUAUGAGGGCAGUAUUCGCAACCACAUUCGCUUUAGUGCAUGCCGCUUUUGCUGCAGUGCAUCUGAACGCAGCCGAUGAAAGUUCACUUAUACCGACCUUGACAAUUCCUGAACUGAAACAAUUGCCACAACAUGCAAACAGACUCAAUGUAGCUAUCAUAAAUGGUCUUUCAGAUGAAUAUCAGCAAGCUGUGCGUGGGCUACGACGCGAUGCGCCCGCAUGUUUUGCGAGUUCAAGCGACGGCAAUACACUUGAACGCGCCAUGGAUGACGGAUCUAAGCGCACCACUCUUGCAUACGAUGACGUGUCUAUGCGUUCUGGGGCUGAUCGAGGAGUCGAUUGUGUAGACUUGUCUAUAAUAGAACAGACGUUCGAGGAGAUCCACCAGGCUUUUGUGGAUGGUCUUGAGCAGGUACUAGACAGUCAAGAGGCACUGCAGUGGAUGAAUGCAGAUAAAAGUGUGACUCAUCUGAGAGACGGACCUCACAAAUCACACGUGCAUGUUUACAGUCAAGAUGCUACGGGCAAAGUUUUGAAUAGCGAUGAGCUUAUGGUACCGUUCCACACAGACAAUGGUCUCUAUCUACUACUCACGCCCAGUGAGUAUUCUGGUUUGCUGGUCAAGAAUGAUCGCGGAGAAACAGUUGAUCUUUCUGGCCUCAAAGAGGACUCAGUUAUCCUUAUGAUGGGAGGUGCUAUGUCUCAGUGGCUCUUGAGUGAUGCACUGAACGGUGAUCGCUUCGCUGCUACUGCGCAUGCCGUUCCGACUCUGCCCAGAGAUGUUCCUGACCGUACGGUGUACGCACGCAUGCGAGUUGCGCCCAUGACAUCUGUAGCUGUUGCCAGCAUUGGUAAGCAAGAGAACCCUGCCGUGUUUCGCGAUAUCUUCAUGAAUGAGCGCUCGCGCAGAGACGCCACCUUCAGUCGCUUUGCCAGAGAUGGGGUGGAUGCUUGUGUGGACGACGAUGGAGUCCCUGGCGUGCAAUGCUGGAUGAGUUGUAUGACAGAGUUUGACGAUGCGUGUUCGGGUAAACCCCUCGAUCAAUUAAGUUGCGAAUGGGACUAUGAAAAUGGCACCAUCGCGGAGUGUAAGUUGUAUGAAACUGACACGAAUAAUUUAGUUCACGGCAUGGGAUGCGACAUAACGUGUAACGCAGAUGCUGACUCUGGUGUAAGUGAUAUGGUCAGCGGAACAGAUGAUGUGACGACCGACAUGCUAUCGGAAUCCGAGAGCGACAGAAUUUCGAGAACUGACGCCGUAGAUGAGUCUGGAGACGUAACGGACGAUGUUAUUUUCUCUACUGCGUUUGAAAGUGAGACAGAUACUAUCUAAGCUCGGGAAUGUCCCACAUAGCUACGUGUUGAGUACACAUACAUUGAUCUACCCUCCAGUUUCUAGUGGAGGUGUUUGCCAGCAUGUGCAGGUAAUAAAGAAGCUUCGUAGGUAGAAGAGCAUACGCAACAUCUUCAUAGGCAAACAGCGCAUAUUACUACACGGUCGUCGAUCAAAAGCUUACUUUACACAUUUUGCGCAAGCAGACAAGCCCGUGUUGUGAAGUCACAAUCUUUUAAGAUCAUAUCACUACGUCAUUCAGGUUUUGCUCGUUGAAUCACUUAAUAAAUUGACUAAAUUUAUCCAUAUUGGUAAGC